AUGAUUGAAAUCGAGGUUCUCGCAAUUGACGUGUCGCUGAAAAAGGAAUCAGAAGAAGACCAUCUACAGAAGUGUCUGCUGAUCAACCACCCGGAGAAAUGCAGCGGGGACGUCGACUUGAUCAUCGUGGUCAAGUCCAUCAUCAUGCAGCAUGACCGGCGGGAAGCCAUCCGGAAGACCUGGGGUGAGGAGAAGGAGAUGGAGGGGAAGAAGAUCAAGACGCUGUUCUUGUUGGGCAUGGCCUCCAAGGAGAAGGAGCAGGCCAACUACCAGAAGCUGCUGGAUUACGAGAACUUCAUCUACGGGGACAUCCUGCAGUGGGAUUUCCUGGACAGCUUCUUCAACCUCACCCUCAAGGAGGUCCACUUCUUGAAGUGGCUCAACAUCUACUGCGACAACGUCCGCUACAUCUUCAAGGGGGACGACGACGUCUUCGUCAGCCCCCGCAACUUCCUGGAGUUCUUGAAGGACCAGAAGCAGGAAGACCUCUUAGUCGGGGACAUCCUGUACAACGCCAGGCCCAUCCAGAAGAAAGAGAACAAGUACUACAUCCCCAACACCCUCUACAACAAGAGCACCUACCCUCCCUACGUGGUCGGCGGGGGCUUCAUCGUGGAUGGGCCCCUGGCCAAGAAACUGCACAAGGCCUCCGAGACCUUGGAGCUGUACCCCAUUGAUGACGUCUUCCUGGGGAUGUGCCUGGAUGUGCGGGGGAGUUGGAGCCUGUGAGGGCUUGGCUCCUGCAAGAUGGGAGGGUCUGCUGCCUCCACCCUCCAUUGCAGGAGGGGCGUGUCCACGU